AUGGUAUCCAGCAGCGCGGAGAAUACGGACUAUGAAGCUGAUGCCUUCGAAGACGCACAAGAUACUGCUGCACAACGUCCCGAAUCCCCUAUUCCCCAAAGCGCUACCCGCUCUCUAACCGACCGUCGACCUUCCAAUGGAUCUCUGACCACCCCGCGCGCCACCACCCACCCUCCCUUGCCCAUACCAGAGAUGAAACCGAGUGGCCAGGAUGAUACGCUCUCACCAGUAUCUCCUGUGGGAGGUGACGAGACCCCGAAGAAACAGAAACCUGCAAAAUCACCCCUAUUAACUGCUCACCGCCUCUCCACAACGUCUCUCGAUGAAAUCAAUUUAGCUGCGCCAAAGGAAGGGGACGAGGACGAGAAAACGCAACAGCCAUCCUCAGACUCGUCAACUGGCCCUCCCCCCCUUCCCUCGAGAGACUCCCAGAAGCAAACUGGCCGCCUACAAGGUUUCUCCGCUUCCCUCCCGUCCGUACCGUGGGGACCCCCGCCAUCAACCAAACAUCAACCACCCACAACCCAAUUAGCGAAUCCACCCCAACCCUCCCGGAAACUUACUAGUCCGUUUUCCUGGCUUUCGCGGGCUAGUACGGGCGGUAAAGAUGUAAAACCCUCCUCCGGAUCUGUGGAUAGCCGGAGAAACACAGCGGCUUCGAUAUCGACAGUGGGUAGCAAUCCUGAGUUGCUGGCCCGGUUACAGGAAGGCAGUGAUGGGGAUUCCGCGAGCCUGGAUUCGAGGAGGCAAUUGCGGAACAGCUUGAGAGACCAAUUCAAGCAGCUAAGGAUGCGGAACGAGGGUGUUUCUGAUGAAGCAGCUAGUGUCACCUCUGGCCAGGAUGAUGGCCGAACCAGCGUCAUUGGGAGUCCAGCAAGCGGAUCGGAUAGGGGUGAAACUGGGCUUGCUGCUCCAUCUGCUUCAUCCCCUGUGGCAACAUCCCCAGGUCUACCUCCAACCGUCAAUCCGAACCUAGCUCCUGGCACCGUCUCUGGUAUAUCCUCCUCCGCAACCGAUGCCUCGGCUCCUGUUGAUUGGGAGCUAUGGCAACAUAUCGUCAACCUGGGGCCGGAGGCCCUUAAAGGAUCCAAUGCCGAAGAGUUGAAUGCUGCUAUCAAGAGAGGUAUUCCGCAAACGAUCCGUGGAGUUAUUUGGCAAGUUCUUGCGGACAGUAGAAAUCCCGAAUUGGAGGAUGUGUAUAGAGAACUCCUAGCACGGGGCACGGAAAAGGAUCGAGAUCGCUACUGGAGCAUCAGCUCUGCCAUAACUCUUAACGGCCAAGGGAAUGGAGUGUCCAAGGAUAAAGAGAAGGAAUCACUCGCCUCUUCCCGGUCCUCAGUUGAUUCCGGCCGUUCGAGUCCCACAGCUAACUCAACCAAUGGCGUCGUCUCUCCCCUUUCAAUACCGGAAAAGGAUUCGGAAACGGUAUUAAAAGCACAGGCAAGUCUCGAAGCCGCUCGGAAGAAAAAAUCAAAGGAGGAUGCCAUCGCUCUUCAGAAACUGGAGAAGGCUAUCAGGCGGGACCUGGGGUCGAGGACAAGUUACUCGAAAUACUUCUUAUCACAGCGCAACCAGGAUGGUUUGUUUGGACUCUGCAAAGCCUAUGCACUAUACGAUGAAGGGGUGGGCUAUGCUCAAGGGAUGAACUUCAUUGUUAUGCCUUUAUUAUUUAAUAUGGAUGAGGGUGAAGCAUUUACUCUUUUGGUUAAGUUAAUGAACAAGUACCGCUUACGAGAUAUGUUCAUCCAAGACAUGCCAGGGCUUCACAUGCGCCUGUACCAGUUCGAGCGCUUACUAGAGGAUCUGGAACCUGCCCUGGCUUGUCAUCUACGUCGACGUGGAGUUACUCCCCAGCUCUAUGCGACGCAGUGGUUUCUGACAUUGUUUGCAUACCGAUUCCCGCUACAACUUGUCCUCCGCAUCUAUGAUUUGAUCUUCGAAGAAGGGCUAGAGCCCACAAUCCUCAGAUUCGCUGUCGCGAUCAUGCAGCGGAAUACCGAGGCAUUGCUGGAGAUGAACGAUAUGACUUCGCUGACUAAUUUCCUAAAAGAAAAAUUAUUCGACGUCUAUAUCGACCAACAACCUUCUGCAAGUUCGAUUCUCGAGUCCGGUUUCUUCGGCAGCUCUGGUUCCUCGGACAAAGAGGUCUAUCGUGCUGAUCUUAUGGUCCAAGAUGCAUGCGCUGUCAAGCUUUCGAAUGACAUGAUCAAAACGUAUACUGCAGAGUGGGAAGAGAAGGUCCGCGUGGAAAAGGAACAGGCUGCUGAGCUUGAAGGGUUAAGACACACUGUCGCAACACAGGCUGCUCGCAUCCGCUUGCUUGAAGAGCGCGCGGAGAAGUCGGACACAGAACAUGUGCAGCUUGCGUCCGAACUAGUUCGCCUCAAGGUGGAGAAUGAGGAGCUCAGGGAUGCCAAUGAAAGUUACAAGGUUGAGGUUCAGGAGCUGAAGAUUGUUAUUGACCGACAACCUGCCGAGUUGGAAGAAACGCUGAGGACCGAGAUGGAUCGGAUUAUGAAGCGGAAUAUUGAGGUGCAGAACGAGAAUAGGGCGAUGGAGGAGCAAAUGGCUGAGAUGGAGAAGGAUCUGGUUGAUACGAAACUGAAGUGGGCGGAGAUGUCCGAAGAACAUGAAAGCCUCAAGCAAAAGUGGGUUGACCUACGAAAGGCCCUUGGUUAA